GUCCCGGGGGAAGAGAACCGCUCACUAAAUGGGGAGAGCACUCUCGGGGAUGGACGAUGACGAACCGAUAGCCGACGCCUGUAUUAUGCCGAGUUUAAUGAGCAGUCUCGAGGAUGGGAGAGGGAAACUGUCCCGCAACCCGCGGACAGAAACUUCCUUCGUGGACUGCAAACUUGAACCGUCGGUCAGAGAUUUGAGUCGCCGCGUCACCCGGUCGAACUCCCGGUUGUCGCUCGACGGAGGUGAGCGGUACUCGGAGGAGAGAGGCGGCGGCGGCGAGGCGAAGGAUGCGAAGGGCAACAACAACAACAACAACUGCAACGGCGGAGGAGAGAGGAGGAGGAGGGCGAGUGCUGUCGAGAUUUUGAGGAGGAAUUUCGGCGUUUCGAGGUCCCCGUCCUUGUGUUUCAAUACGAGCAGUCGGAUGCAGCGCGGCGCCGAGCUGGAGCCCCGCGAAGCCAACGGCCACAGCGACGUUUCUAACGGUCGCGCAACAGAAGCUGGCGAAUGUAAAAAGUUGGAGCGAGAAACGGGCGACGCGGGGACUAAAAACGAGCCCACCGCGAGCGACUCGACCGCUUCUGAUGCGAAGGGAGUCGAGCGCGUCGCCGUUACGAGUCGGCGAAGUUCGACGCGCGACGGUGACGCCGACGCGGUCGCUUUGGACGAGUCUCUUAACGGCAAAGAGCACGUCUACUGCACCGUGUAUUGUAUCGAGAGCGAAAGUCGCCGAAAAAAAGACGUUGAAAUCACGGACGAUGAAGCGGUGGCGUCGGACGCACCGGACGUGGCGUUGGACUCGGAGGCGGGACGGGAAGCUGCUCCGAGUCCCGAACCCGCGGCUCUGUACACGCUGGACGACCUCGUGGAUCCUCUCGGCGACGUGGCCCGUCGGCCGUCCGCGCGGCAGGCCGGUGCUGAGACUGCGACGCAGAGUUGCCGGGUGUGCCUGGAAGAGAAAACCAUCGCACCCUUGCCGUGCUGCAGGAAGGCCGUGUGCGACGAGUGUCUGAAGCUCUACGUCAGCUCCCAGGUGCGAGUGGCCAAAUCGUACAUCGGCUGUCCGAUCCCCGAGUGCAGCGGCUACCUGGACGAGGGGGUGGUGAUCUCCCACUUGGCCAACGAGGACGUGGCCAAGUAUCGCUACUUCCUGGAACUGAGUGAGCUGGACUCGAGCACCAAGCCCUGCCCCCAGUGCAGCCAGUUCACCUCCCUGAAGGGGAGCGACCCCAACCACUCGGAGCACAAGUACAAGAUCCAGUGCAGCAAUUGCCAGUUUGUGUGGUGCUUCAAAUGCCACGCGCCGUGGCACAGCGGGGUCAAAUGCCGCGACUACAGGAAAGGAGACAAGCUGCUGCGAGGCUGGGCGAGCGUCAUCGAGCACGGCCAGAGAAACGCCCAGAAGUGCCCACAGUGCCGGAUCCAUAUCCAGCGUACGGAGGGAUGUGACCACAUGACGUGCACGCAGUGCAACACCAACUUCUGUUACCGCUGUGGAGAGCGUUACCGGCACCUACGGUUUUUUGGGGACCAUACAGCCAACCUCAGCGUGUUCGGAUGCAAGUAUCGCUACCUCCCGGACAAACCUCACCUGAGGCGGCUCGUCAGAGGGUCGGUCUGUGGCUCUAAGGUGCUAAUAGCUCCAGUGGUCAUUUUGCUGGUCGUGGUGCUCGGAGCUCUCGCACUGGUGAUAGGAUUGGUGGUCUUCCCGGUCUACUAGUGUAAGAGGAGGAAGAAGCAGCGAGCGCAGGGCUCCGGACGCUGGAUCUGACCACGCAACACACACACACACACACACAGCUGGAAAGACGACGCCCACACGUCUCCUCUGUCCCGGGCCGACGUCUCGAGAUCAACAAACCGAAUUGGACCGGAUGGGAAAUGAACACGUGAGGUGGCGUCGAGGCUGUGAUACGAGGAUGUUUUGCUGCUGCCAAAAGGAACGCCGGAUAUAUUCGAAUAGAAAAAAAUACAGAAUAGACUCAGAAGAUUGAAGUAGAUUGUGGCCUGAGUGCUCUCCACGCGAUGGAGGUGUUUGAAUCCCCUUCAAUUUCACAAGCGAUUUCAACCCGAGCGCUUUCUCUCUGGCCUCGGACGCGCGACAGGAAGGGUCAGCGCGGUGGACGUCUGCAAGCGUCGCACUCCUCCGUCACGCUUUUAAACCCACGGCCGCUUUUGUUUACGGCUGCAGAAGAAGAGCGGGGGCUCGGAGCUCAGUCAGCCCGAAGCGACGACGCGUUGUUGUGGAUGAAGGAAACCGUAAACGCCGACUGUUGGGAAAACGAUGGGAGGAGGUCAGAGAUUAAUAGCGGAGGACAUUUUAACUUUUGCAAAGGUUUCGUCGGUCAUUUGUUCACAAAGUGCAGGAUGGAAACUGAACGUAGGGCCGAGGCGCGAUGGAAAAGGGAGUUCUCACAGAUGCAACAUCGCUGGACUUUACAUUUGUUCAACGUUCAUCUUUUUUUUGACAAAGCACACACUAUUCAAAAUAAAAUGACGGGACUUUAGGGAGACGCAAAGACAACACGUUACUAUUGUUGGCUGACAUGGAUGACCUUGACUCUGCCUCACCUCAAGUGUUUUGCUGGAAGAUUUUAAAGUUGGGUCGUGUGUGUGUCCUCACCCUGAGAGUCUAGUUGUACAGGCCACGCCCACCAUAGCGUAAAAAGAGAUGUUCCUCUAUUGCAAACACAUAUUCAGCACCG